UGCUUCCCCCCCCCCCCCCCCGCCUUCCCUUCGCUUUUGUGACUGAGGACGGGUGGCAGGGAGGGAGACGGGCUGAGGGGCUUCACGCAAAAACUUUACACCCCUUUCAAAAAGCUUCACCCACGGCCGGCCUCGCACCCACCCCCCCCACACCCCCCCCCCGGGGUGAGUUGUUCCCCACCCAGGACGCCCACCCACCAGCAACCAGGCUUCUCUCGGCGUGGGUGACAGCGAGGGGCCGCGCCGUGUGUCACCCGCCGUCCCCCGGGGAGCAAGAGGGGCUUGGCCGGGCAUACCCCCCGCCACGUGCUUCCCUCCCGGGAAACCUCCAGCGAAGGUAAUUCCGCUCCCGAGCGAGCUUCUCCCGCCGCUUCCUCGCCUUUAUUCCCCGGGAGGUUUCUCCCGGCCUCGCGUUCGCGGAGGGAGCGCGGCUCCUUCGGCGUCCAUCCUCUUCCUCGGCCUCGCCGCGUCUCUGGCCGGGCACGCUGCCGGGGCACGGCAGGCAGAGCUCGCUCGCCUUUUCGGCGUCGCCCCGUGCCUGGAGGUAAAUGAUUAACGAUAAGCGGAACGGAUCGGCACGGCGCAUCCACAGCGACGGGAGCGGGGCGGGAGAAUUUGCGGUCGGGACCCACGGGUGACUUUCUCCCGGUGAGGACGUCGUGGGGCCGAGAGGGUGACAGCCAUCCCUGGCUGCCUUACACGCCCCUGCCGACCCGAUCCAAGGUCACGGAUGUGGGCGUUUAGACGUGGAAUUAUUUCCCUUUUUCCAGUUCAUGCCCGAUUUCCAGGCUGUGCCCGUCCCACAGAGCCCCACAGGGAUCUGUCACGGAGGGCAGGGGCCUGUUGGGGCAGCGAGGGGCUGGGACGUUGCCGUCCCGUGCCAAACCCGGUGGAGGAGCGCGUGGCCGUGCCGGUGGCUCGGGAGCCGUGCCUUUGGUGUGGUGGGUUCCCAAAACCCCGCUCCCCACAGCCUGGCUUCCUCCUCACCCCCACUCCCGGCACCACCGACUCGGCCUCCGCUCAUCCCACGCUGGCUUCUGGGUUGACACAAGGGUUGUUUUUUUUUUUUUUUUUUUUAAUCUGGAGUCGAAGUGGGACGCUUUGAAAAUGCCGCCACAAACUUCUAAAAAGGUACCUGAAGUCGAGCUGGAGGCUUCAGUAGCAAAGACGCUGCCAGCCCUGAGCUUCCUGCGCCGCAUCCUCGCCCCGCUCUCAGGCGGGACCUGCCGAUACCUUUCCGCUGCCGGUUGCAAAAGGGUUUUCACCAAAAAUAUAAUGAAAGCGUGGUGGGGUGCGGGCUGUUGUCCGGUUUCAGCAUGUGUUACUCAAAAACGAGUGAGAAGUUUGGACAUUACAAAAAAAAAAACAAAACAAAACAAAACAAAACAAUGGGCUGAUUUUUGCUCUCUGGCUCCGGGGCAAUUCCUCUGGGAUCCCUGGGGUUGUAUCAGUGGCCAGGGAGCGGAGUUUGGCUCUCGCUAAGUGGUUUAUGGGAUUUUUAUUUUUCAUUUAGCCAAAAAAAUGGGGAAAAAAAAAUUCAAAGAAGUAUUUGGUGUGGAAAAACAAAAGAUGUGCAAAACCUAAGCUGUCCAGAAAGGAUCCCUUUGAGGGGACAGAUGUGUUAAGGGGAGCGAGAAAUGUUUGGGAGCGGGGCUGAGCCGGGCACCUUGAGCGCGGCGGUGGUUUCGGAAGCGAUGCUCAGCACCAGCCCCGGGGUUUGGUGUGUGCUGGCGGGGCGGGGGGGUUCAGCAAGGAGGAGCUGGGCAGCCCGGCCGUGGGUGAGGUCUGCCCUGAUGCUGUCCUCCAGCUGCCCGGCGAGGUAGUCGCGGAGUUUUUUUUUGUGGUCUGUCACCCAUCCCACGGCAGCCCUGCACCGGGGUGUCUCGCUGCUCGGGGUGCGAUUGUGCCCCGUGGGUGCUGUUUGGUUGGGGGGGGGGGGGGUGUCCCCGGCGCUGAUCCUCCCUCCCCUGUCCCGCUGGGACGCGCGCCCGUCCCGAGGGACGAAGCCACGGCGCGGUUGCGUUGGGUAAACGCGUCAGUUGUGUGGGUUUUCCCCCUUGGUUUUCACCCCGUUGGAAAGCGCGGGGAUUGUGUCGUCUUCAGCGUUCGGUUCGCUGGUCCUUCGCGAGUCUUCUUUUUCCUUUUUGCUUCGAGCAACUUGACUGAGGGUCGCGCAGAGGUGCUGAGAGGCGGCACGGGAAGGAAGGGGACUGGCGCAUUUGUCCCCAGAGGGUCGGGGACAGUCGUAGCACCUACAUGGGUGAGCGUGGAGCCACAAUUGGGGAAGGGGCUUGCAGGGACCCCUCUCUGUGCCUGCUCUGGAGACCAGCCGUCCCCAGGAGGGAGCCACAGGCAGUCAGGCUGCAGCUCCUACCCACAUCUCCUACCAAAAGAGCCCAAAUUCGCUGAAUAAAUGAUCCCUGUGUUCAGCACCAAAUGCCAGAGACCUUGUUGCCAAGGCGGGAAUUUCUCACUUGAUCCGAUUAACCUUUGUGUCCGUGCAAACAGCCACAUACGUGUCACCAGCUGAACGUGUGCCGGAAGCUUUUUGCCAGGUCUCUUUGGAGCGUCUGGGCUGAAUGCGAUGCGCGGUGCCCAGAUCCCGCACGGAAAGUCCCCGAGGACACCUCGGAAAGGACUGUUGGACCCUCGUGUCCCACUUGUCGACGACGUGGUCGGUGAUCCGGGCACUGGGGAGAUGUUCCCCCCGACCUGUCGCGUCCCUCUGGGCGCGAGGACAGGCGGGAUGAGUCUGGGUGCUCAGGGCAUCAGCUCCGUUGAGUUAAACGAUGCUGAACGUGAUCUCGUGGGAGGAAUUGGGGGUGACGAGUCGAAUCUGUGUUUUUAAAAAAAGCGAUGGGCGUGGGAGAGAAGCGGUGAGCAAAGGUGAAGAAGGCACUUCCCAUAGUCACGCUGCUGGUGCCGGGCUGAGCAUCAGCAUCGCGUCCCGAUCGAGGUCUCAAGGCCGUGGUGGUCCAGGGAAUCUCCUCCCAAGGGCUCGAUGCUCUCGUCGUGGAGGCUCGGAGGACUCCUUUUCCCCCAGGGCCAUAUGUGGUGCCUCUCGAUGCAGCCCCCGUCCCCAAAAGUGUCUUUGCUUGUGCUGUUGGGAGGGGAGGAAGGUGCCUGAAACCACCCGGGGCAGAGCCAGCCGCGCCGUGGGCUUCGUCCUGGCAGCGCCGAAGCGGAGGGGUGUCCCGGUGCCUGCUUCCAUCAGGAGUGAGAUUGGGCCUUCUGCGAUAAUUCCUAAUGUUCAUUAUUUAUGGAGAAGCCCAAUUGAAUUAUUAAUAUGGAAAAUUCAGAUAACAUUAACAAUUCUCGGUUUAUAACAGUUUCCCAUUAAUAAGGAAAAUUGGAAAUUUAUCACUACAUCUGUUCAUUAAAACUUACUAUUUUUUUUUUUUUUUUUCUUUUGGUGUCCUAAAUGAAAGCAGAGAAAUAAACGAAGAGGAGAAGCCAUUUAUUCGCUACUUCUCUGAGAAAAGUCAGCCCAUAAUUUUUAAUAAAGUCUUUGCUGUUAUAUGUGGAGGGGAAACCAGCCUAUAAUGAAAGCAGCAGCUUUUCAGCCAUGUCUAUAGCGUUGCUCGACCGUAGAACAAAUACUCGGAAACACGUCCCGUUCCUUCUCUUUGUGGGAGCCUUUAAGCUGCAUGAUAGUUUUCUAAUUUCCCUCCCUCCCCAGCAGCUCUCCUUGCUUUCAGCAUGUGUUGCUCCCAGCUCCAAGGAGUGAAUUUUAAUGCCUGCCCUGCUUCUUUCAGAGAUGGCGGAUUCCUAUACCUGUAAAGGUGGAAGGAAAACUGCAAGCUCUAACAAACCCGCUGCCAGCAAAGAGAGCAGGACAGAGACCAGGAUAAACCCGCCAGCAGAGCUGCCCAAGCUCGGAAAUGCAACCAGUGACAAAACCGAAGGCAGGAAGAAAGGACGACCCAAGGCUGAGAACCAGGCGCUGAAAGACAUCCCCCUCCCCCUGAUGAACCAAUGGAAGGAUGAAUUCAAAGCCCACUCCAGGGUAAAAUGUCCCAAUUCAGGCUGCUGGCUGGAGUUCCCCAGCAUUUAUGGCUUGAAGUACCACUAUCAGCGCUGCCAAGGGGGUGCGAUCUCAGAGAAGCUGACAUACUCGUGCUCGUACUGCGAAGCUGCCUUCACCUCCAAAACCCAGCUAGAAAAGCAUCGGCUCUGGAACCAUUUGGACCGGCCAGUGCCAACCAGCAAAGCAGAAAACAAAGUGCCGAAGGCCAUUGGGAAGAGCAGUGGCAAGAAAAGAGCUGCUGAGAGUUCAGCUUGCCCCACCAUCCAUCCCAAACAGGCAAAGACGGAAAAAACCGCGGCCCAGGAGCACGCCGAGAACGGCGAGUGCCCAGCGGAGAGCCGGGAGAGCAAGGAGUUUCAGAUCGCAGCGGCUGAGGCCAUGGCAGCCGCCACCCCCACGGCGAAGUCCUCGAGCGGCAAGGAUGCUGCGCAGCAGGGGGGCAGCCAGGCCUCGCUGCAGGAGGAAGACCCCGAGAGGAUGAAGCACAAGUCAGGAAGGAAACAGAAAACUCCUAAGAAAUUUACGGGGGAGCAGCCGUCCAUCUCGGGGACGUUUGGACUGAAAGGUCUCGUCAAAGCAGAGGACAAGGCGAAAGCCCAUCGAGCCAAGAAGUUGGAGGGGAACACCAACAUGGAAGAGCUGAAAAAGAAACUUCCAGGGGCUGGUGUGAAGAAGGAAACGGCUGUGCAUCUACCCGCAGCAAACCCCGAGGACCAGUGGCAGCGGGAGAUCAGCGAGAAGGGAGAAGUCGCCUGUCCAACCUGCAGUGUUAUAACCAGGAAAACUAUUGUGGGGCUCAAAAAGCACAUGGACGUCUGCCAGAAACUGCAGGAUGCCUUGAAGUGUCAGCACUGCAAAAAGCAGUUCAAGUCCAAAGCUGGGCUGAAUUACCACACCAUGGCUGAACACGUCAGCAAGCCCGUUCCUGUGGAAACCGCUGGACUUGGUGAACAGGAGGAGCGGGAAAGGCUGAGGAAAGUGCUAAAGCAGAUGGGAAAACUGAAAUGCCCCAAUGAGGGCUGCGUGGCCAACUUCUCCAGCCUGAUGGGCUACCAGUACCACCAGAAGCGGUGUGGGAAGCAGCUCGCCGAGGCCGACAAGCCUGUUUUCACCUGUCCACACUGCGGCAAGAAGUAUAAAUCCAAGGCUGGCCACGACUACCACGUGCGGUCAGAACACGCGGCCUCGGUGAGCCCCCCGGACACCUCCGCAGCCCGAGGAGCGGGGCCGUCUCCCCCCGGGGGCGACUGCAGAGCUGCAGAGCCUGUGGGCAGGACAGAGCCGGGCAGGGCCGGGCCAGGCAAGCCUCCGGAGGAGCCAGAGGUGAAGCCGGAGCCCAGCCCCAUAGAAGAUUUCGAAAGGACCCCGAGCGGCCGCAUCCGUCGGACGUCAGCCCAAGUGGCUGUCUUCCACCUUCAGGAGAUAGCGGAGGACGAGCUCGCCAAGGAUUGGACCAAGCGGAGGAUGAAGGACGACCUGGUGCCUGAAACAAAGCGGCUCAAUUACACCCGACCGGGGCUUCCAAAGCUCAAUCCGAGGCUGUUGGAAAACUGGAAGAAUGAAGUGAAGGAGAAGGGCCGCAUCAACUGUCCCAACAACUGCUGUGAAGCCAUUUACUCCAGCGUCUCGGGGCUGAAAGCUCACCUGGCCAACUGCAACAAGGGGGACCACUCGGUGGGCAAGUACCGCUGCCUCCUGUGCCAGAAGGAGUUCAGCUCCGAAAGCGGGGUCAAGUACCACAUCAUCAAGGCUCACUCGGAGAACUGGUUCCGAACCUCCGCAGAGGCCAGCCGGAAAAAGAAAAACAGGGAACAGCUUUCUUCCAGCAAAGAGGAGAAAAAAAAAAGCACAAGCGGGAAGAAAAGGGGGAGGAAACCCAAGGAGAGGCCUCCGGAAACGUCCCCGAAGGGCAGAGAGAGCGUGGCAGCAAAGACUAAUCACAAGAAAACCCUCGAGCACUGGGAAGGCUCCCGAGGCAGCCCCGACGGGGACGAGCGCGUCCCCAAGCCCCCGAGCCAGCGGAAGGGGGGAGCCAGUAAGAUGCCUGAGAAAUGAGCAGCUCAGAGACUCGUCUCCGAGGAUUUGUUUACAGCCCAGGGUGUUUUUUCCCCUACUAGCCGUCACUCAAGAGGAAUAUGUUCUCCCACCGCCGCCUUCUCCGUGAGACAUCUUUUACUCUCCUGCUUGUCGGGGAAGGCUCCAGGGUGAUCCCGGGAAUACUGGCAGCGGGAGCCCGGUGGGUUGUACCUGUUGGGUUGCACCCGUUAGGUUGUACCUGUCAGGUUGUACCUGUUGGAUUGCACCCAUUGGGUUGUACCUGUCGGGUUGUACCUGUUGGGUUGAACCCAUCGAGUUGCACCCGUUGAGUUGUACCUGUUGGGUUGUACCUGUCAGGUUAUACCUGUUGGAUUGCACCUGGUGGGUUGUACCCGUUGGGUUGAACCCAUCAAGUUGCACCCGUUGGGUUGUACCUGUUGGGUUGUACCUGUUGGGUUGAACCCAUCGAGUUGCACCCGUUGGGUUGUACCUGUUGGGUUGUGCCUGUCGGGUUGUACCUGUUGGGUUGAACCCAUUGAGUUGCACCCGUUGGGUUGAACCCAUCGGGUUGUACCUGUUGGGUUGUACCUGGUGGGUUGAAGCCAUCGAGUUGCACCCGUUGGGUUGUACCUGUUGGGUUGUGCCUGUCGGGUUGUACCUGUCAGGUUAUACCUGUUGGGUUGUACCUGUUGGGUUGAACCCAUCGAGUUGCACCCGUUGGGUUGUACCUGUUGGGUUGUGCCUGUUGGGUUGUACUUGUUGGGUUGAAGCCAUCGAGUUGCACCUGUUGGGUUGUACCUGUUGGGUUGUGCCUGUCGGGUUGUACCUGUCAGGUUAUACCUGUUGGGUUGUACCUGUUGGGUUGAACCCAUCGAGUUGCACCCGUUGGGUUGUACCUGUUGGGUUGU